AUGUCUCCGACUCUGGCCAGAUCUGCUCCGAGCGAGCUCAACCACUGGUGGAGUCAGUUGAGGUUCCGCCUUCAGAACAAGAAAGGAUGGAACGAGAUGCUGGAUGAGACCUUUCUGCUCCACACCAAAAACAUCAGUGACAUUCCUCUCUUCUAUGCGGCUAAGAAGAACAGUGCAGGCUGCAUCACGAAGCUGCUCAGCUUUUCAGCCACUAACAUCUUUGAGAGAGGGGCUCUUGGGGAGACGGCGCUUCAUGUCGCUGUGAUGAAUGACAACAUGGAGGCUGCUGUGGCUCUGAUGGAAGGAGCUCCUGAACUCAUCAAUGAGCCCAUGACCUCUGAACUUUUCCAAGGUGUCACUCCUCUCCACAUCGCUGUGGUGAAUCAGAACACAAAUCUGGUCCAUCAUCUCAUUAGUCGAGGCGGUGAUGUGGUCACCCCACGAGUCACUGGCUUGUACUUCAGGAAGAGGAUAGGAGGACUCAUAUACUAUGGUGAACACAUCCUGUCGUUCGCUGCAUGUGCUGGGAAUGAGGACAUUAUCUCCAUGGUCAUCGAAGCAGGGGCCAGCACCAGGGUGCAGGAUUAUCGGGGCAACACAGUUAUUCAUAUUUUGGUUCUGCAGCCUAACAAGAUGAUUGCAUGCCAGGCCAUUGACCUGAUCAUGGCACACGAUGUGGAGUUGGACCAGCCAGUGCCACUCGACAUGGUGCCCAACUACCGAGGCCUCACACCUUUUAAACUGGCAGCCAAAGAGGGAAAUGUUGUGGCGUUCCAGCACCUGGUUAAUAAAAGACGUGUUAUUCAGUGGAGUCUGGGCCCUUUGACCUCCAGCCUGUAUGACCUGACAGAGAUUGACUCAUGGGCCGACGAUAUGUCAGUGCUGGAGCUUAUUGUGGGCAGUCAGCAGAGAGAGGCAAGAAGGAUACUGGAGGUGACACCUGUGAGACAGUUGGUCAGUCUGAAGUGGAACCUGUAUGGAAAACACUACUUCAGGCUGCUGCUGUGUCUGUAUUUGCUGUACAUCGGGAUCUUCACACUGUGUUGUGUGUAUCGCCCUCUAAAGGACGCUCCAGAGAACUACACACAGUCAGAUAUGGACAAAACCAUCCGGGUCCAGAAAACACUCAAUGAGAGUUAUGUGACAUAUGAGGAUAACCUGCGGCUGGCAGGAGAAGUCAUCAGUGUCCUGGGAGCUUUUGCUAUUCUGUUGCUGGAGAUCCCUGAUAUACUGAGAGUGGGAGCAAAGCGCUACUUUGGUCAGACGGCACUGGGAGGCCCAUUCCAUGUUAUCCUUAUCAGCUACGCCUGCUUGGUGGUGCUGCUGUGUGUGUUCAGAGCCAGCGAGGUGCAGGGAGAAGCCGUGGUGAUGGCAGUGUGUUUAGUGCUGGGCUGGUGCAACGUCAUGUUCUUUGCCCGAGGCUUUGAAAUGCUUGGCCCUUAUGUCAUCAUGAUACAGAAGAUUAUAUUUGGAGACCUGACAAAGUUCAUGUGGCUGACUGUCAUUGUGCUCAUUGGUUUUUCCACCUCCCUGUGGAUGGUGUAUAUGACCCAGGAGCCUGACUCCAUCCCUGCGUAUCGCUCCUUCCCCAUCACUCUCUUCUCCCAGUUUGAGCUCAGCGUGGGCCUCAUUGAUCUGCCUGUGGAGCACACCAUCACUACGCCCCCCAUCGUUCAUGUCAUACACUGUGCCUUCUCUGUGGUCUCGUACAUCCUGCUCUUAAAUUUACUGAUAGCCAUGAUGAGUGACACACACUGGAGGGUGGCACAGGAGAGAGACGAGCUGUGGAGAACACAGGUACACACGUGA